AAUCCAUACUGUAUUUAAUUUUUACGGUAGUUCAAUGCAUCACAAAAUAAAAAUGGCGGAUACUGCUAUUAAUAACGGUACGGGCGAUGGAUACCCGGGAUAUACGACCGAGGCCCGGCCAGAAUUGUUUGACCCCCGGGCCAUGCUGCCCCAGCCCUCAGUGCUCAAACCGGGUCAGCUUUCAGAGGAACAGGUCAAGAGAUACUUCGAAAAGGGUUACGUUGUUUUGGAGGAGUUCUUCUCGGAGUCUGAGCUUCAACCGUCCCGGGACUGUAUUAACGGGAUUGUGGACGACCUCGCACAGAAACUCUACAAGGCCGGAAAAAUACCAGACCUAUACGCGGAAUACGGAUUUACAGAGCGGUUGACGAAGAUAGAGGCUGCGUUUCCGGGAGCCAACAUCAUCUGCUCGAAGCUUGGAGCUGUUCCACAGGCGUUCAAGGAGCUUUGGUGUAAUGAGCGUCUACUUAACAUAGUGGAACAGCUGAUUGGUCAAGACAUCGCCGGAAAUCCCGCCUGGAACCUGCGCACUAAAGUCCCGCGCAACAUCGUUACUACUGUGCCCUGGCACCAAGACGUGUCAUACCUGGACAACGACACGUACCGGAUGUUGAUCCCGACGGCAUGGAUCCCUUUUGUGGACGCCACGGAACAAAACGGAUGUCUCGAGGUUGCAGAGAAUGGGCACCGGUCGGGAAAGGUGGCCACGCACCAGUGUUGCUGGGGAGACACCUUCUACACCAUCCUAGAGGAAGACGAGAUGAAAAAUACCCUAGGUGUCGAUUUAGACCGUGAUAGAAGGGCACUUCCGGUUCGCAGUGGCGGUUUGAUCUUAUUUAAUAACAUGAUCCCUCACCGAAGCCUUCCGAAUGUAUCUGACGGUAUCCGUUGGAGCAUCGAUCUCCGUUGGCAAAGGGCCACUGACCCCGCGGGACUUUGGGGCCUCAAAAAUGGAGUCGUUAUGCGUAAAUCCUCUGACCCGAAUUUUAAGGUGGAUUGGACAGAAUUUGAUUCCGUCAACCGACAUAUCGUGCAAACAGAAUAUAUUAAGGGAGACAAGGCGAACCUGGAAGAGGAGGAGUUUGACACGACGAUCCAGGGUCCGUGGAUGAAGAAGUGGGAAAUAGUGCACAUGAACAAACACGUGGAUAGGUUCUUAGAGCAGGAGGCCGCAUCCAAGGGAGAUAAAUCCGUAACAACGUGACCAAAUACCACGUGACUGCUUCGCAUCACAUGGCAUCGACACGUGGAGCAAUCGGAAUGCGUGUUACCAGGAUCAUUUAACCUUAUUAAUUUAUAGUAACGAACAUGUCAGUAAAUUCGGCGACAUUGUUUUUUCUACAUUUAAAGGGCAGCAUUUGACUUCAGUCCUGGCGCACUGACGUAAUUUAACCGAGCAAAGUGGUUGUGUCAAUGUAUUAUAUGAGAAUAAACACUUUAUUUCCUUA